GGGGCCGGCUUUUCCAAGAAGGGGAGAAGGAAAUUUGGGCAAUAUCAAGUCCCUCUUCUUUUUAGUUUCCCCAGGCUGGAGGGAGAAUCUGGCUUUUGCAUGUCUGCAGGACAGAGAUCGACAGUGUCCUUUGAGGAGAUAUUUGUGUUCUUCAAGGAGGAGGAAUGGGCUCUUCUGGAUCCAGGCCAAAGAAAAAUCUUCUGGGAUGUUAUGGAAGAAAAUUAUGAGACAAUGGAGUCUCUGGGUGGAGAAGGAGAUUUAUGGAAUACACAGUUCCUUGGGGGUUCUCUUCUUUCUCAUGUUUCCUGGCUGGAAGGAGAAUUUGGCUCUAUGACCUCUGCAGGAGAGAGAUCCCCAGUGUCUUUUGAGGAGGUAGCCAUGUUUUUCACAGGGGAGGAAUGGGCUCUGCUUGAUCCAGGCCAAAAAAAACUCUUCUGGGAAGUGAUGAGGGAAAAUUCUGAGACUGUGGCCUCUUUGGUUGCAGAUGUGAGGGAGACAGUGAAUGAGAAGGACUCAGGAAAUGUGGUUUUAGGAAAAGACAAAGAUGCACAGGUGGAAGUGAAUUCUGAAAAUGAAGUGGUACUAAGACGAGACUGUACAAGGGAAGUAAAAGAGAGGCAGAGGAAGGAGUUGGUUGUCUCAGCCCAAAAUGAAAUAAGGAAGAGAGAGAAUGGCGGCCUAACUAACCAUCAAAAGCUUCAUACUGGGGAGAAGCUAUAUAAAUGCUUGGAGUGUGGAAGAUGCUUCCAUCAGAAUGGACCUCUUAUUGCACAUCUAAAGGUUCAUACAAGGCAGAAGCCGUUUAAAUGCUUGGAGUGUGGAAAGUGCUUCUCUCAGAAUAGUGAUCUAACUAAACAUCAAAAGAUUCACACAGGCGAAACACCAUACCAGUGCUUGGAGUGUGGAAAGUGCUUUUCUCGUAAUGACAACCUGAGUGCACAUGAAAAAGUGCACACGUUGGAGAAGCCAUAUAAAUGCUUGGAGUGUGGAAAGUGCUUUUCUCGGAAUAACAACCUGACUAAACAUCAAAAUACUCAUACAGGGGAGAAGCCAUAUAAAUGCCUAGAGUGUGGAAAGUGGUUCUCUCGGAAUGGCGACCUAAGUAGACAUCAAAAGAUUCACACAGGGAAGAAGCCACAUAUAUGCUGGGAAUGUGGAAAAUGCUUCUCUCAGAAUAGUGAUCUAAGUAAACAUCAAAAGAUUCACACAGGGGAGAAGCCAUAUAAAUGCCUCAAGUGUGGAAAAUGCUUCACCCAGAAUGGCAACCUAGCUUCACAUCAAACAAUUCAUACAGGGGAGAAGCCAUACAAAUGCUUGGAGUGUGGAAAGUGCUUCCGUCAGAGUGGCCAUCUAAGUGCGCAUCUAAAGGUUCAUACAGGGCAGAAGCCAUAUAAAUGCUUGGCAUGUGGAAAGUGCUUUUCUCGUAAUAUCCAACUAAUGUCACAUCAAAAGGUUCACACAGGAGAGAAACCAUAUAAAUGCUUAGAGUGUGGAAAGUGCUUCUCUUCCAGUAGUUAUCUAACUGUGCAUGAAAAGGUUCAUACAGGAGAGAAGCCAUAUAAAUGUCUGGAAUGUGGAAAGUGCUUCUCUCUCAGUAGGUACCUUACUGUGCAUGAAAACGUUCACAAAGGGGAGAAGCCAUAUAAAUGCCUGGAGUGUGGAAAGUGCUUCUCUUCCAGUAGCUACUUAACAGUGCAUGAAAAGGGUCAUACAGGGGAGAAGCCAUAUAAAUGCAUGGAGUGUGGAAAGUGCUUUUGUCGGAGUUACCACCUAACUUCCCAUCAGAAGAUUCACACAGGGGAGAAGCCAUAUAAGUGCUUGGAGUGUGGAAAGUGCUUCACUGAUCAUCGUGACCUAACAAAACAUAAAAGGAUUCACACAGGAGAGAAGCCAUAUAAAUGCUUAGAAUGUGGAAAGUGUUUUUCUCGGAAUGACAACCUGAUUAAACAUCAAAAAGUUCACACAGGGGAGAAGCCAUAUAAAUGCUUAAAGUGUGGGAAAUGCUUCUCUCAGAAUAGUUACCUAAUGAAACAUCAAAAGAUUCACUCAGGGGAGAAGCCAUACAAAUGCUUGGAGUGUGGAAACUGUCGUGCCAAGGGCUGCCCGACUUGCCAGCCACUGCGCCAGUCCUCUCAAGAACCCUCCACUGUGCCUGAGAGUUGGCAGCCACCAAGUUAUGGCCAAGACACCUGUUCCAGUAGUUUGCUUGGCCCUGUGUCAGGUAGCAGCCAGCUAACUGUCUUCUGCCUUUUUAUUCCUUUCCCUCUCCCACCGCCCCCCCCUCCGGGCCCUCCCCUUUAGCCUAGCCCUUUGUGAACCAUAGCCUCUAAAGCUCUUCCUCUCACCCCUCUGCUCUUUCACUUCUACAGGGGCUAUACAGGGCUGACUGCUGGGCUGGAUGUUGGCUUGCCAACCCUUUACAACCCUGGGCUAAGAAAUGGCAAAUGCAGUUCAAUGUAGCAAAAUGCAAAGUGAUGCACAUAGGAGCAAAAAAUCCAAACUUCACAUACACACUACAAGGGUCAGUGCUAUCA